AUUCACGUGGCGGCCACUCCGGCCGAUCUGUACAACGCUGUUCUGGUGGACACACCUCUGGCGCCCUUCUUCGUCGACUGCAUCGGUGAACAGGAUUUGGACGAAAUGAAUGUUGAGAUCAUUCGUAACACUCUAUAUAAGGCUUAUUUGGAGUCCUUUCACAAGUUCUGCAGCGAACAGAUCGGAGGCAUUACCGCAGAAGUGAUGUGCGAGAUAUUAGCGUUUGAAGCGGACAGACGUGCGUUCAUAAUCACUAUCAACUCGUUUGGGACGGAACUGUCCAAAGAAGACAGGGCUAAGCUAUACCCCACUUGUGGUAAACUAUUUCCCGAUGGAUUGGCAGCUCUGGCGCGCGCCGACGACUACGAACAGGUCCGCUCUGUUGCCGAGUAUUACGGCGAAUACAAAGUGCUGUUUGAAGGCCAGGGCUCUGCCGGCGGCGGACAGGAAGACAAGACACUGGAGGACAAGUUUUUUGAGCACGAAGUGAGUCUCAAUGUGAACGCAUUUAUGCAACAGUUCCACUUCGGGGUCUUCUACUCAUACCUCAAGCUUAAGGAACAGGAAUGUCGUAAUAUUGUUUGGAUCAGUGAAUGUGUCGCUCAAAAACAUAAGGCAAAGAUCGAUAAUUACAUUCCCAUCUUCUAAUACCAGUCCCUUCUCUCUCCACCCUCUCCUCCCCUACGGCCACUCCUCCCAACCCCACA